AUGGGGGCGGGUAACACCACAGCUGUGGCUUGUAGAGGUGUGGAACUACAUUACCCAGAGGGCACCACGCCGAGAGGUAGCCGCAAUGAAGGCCCCUCUCCCCACCAAGAUAAGGGCGUUUCCGUGAGCGAGCGUUUUUUGUCGGGGCGGGACUUCCGGCGGCGUCUUAUAGGCGGCGUGGCGCCGUGGGCUAAAACGCUGGAUUACAAAGGGGCCGGAGGCGCGGCGCCCCUGCCCUUCCCCUGCCGCCCGCUGCCCCCAGCCCUGGUCUGCCCGCUGGUUCGAAUGGCAACGGCUCAGGCAACGGCUGCAGCCUUCCGGCCCUCGCCCAUCGUGUCCCAGCCCUGUGAGCCGCUCUCACAAAGGCUCCAUGGCGCUGAGGGGCUCAGCAAAGGUAAACGGGAGACUCCCCAGGCCGGCGCGGCCCGUAUCCCUCUGGUCCCGCUAAUAGCCAUUGGGGGGACGCGAUUUCCCGGUGAUUCGCCUCUCCGCUCCCUGCCGUUGAGUCUGGACGUCCGGCGGUGGAUGGGUCCGCAGUCCAGAUUCGUGUCUGUGACCUUUGAGGAUGUGUCUGUCACCUUCACCCAGGAGGAGUGGGGGCAGCUGAGUCCCACACAGAGGUGCCUAUACCAGAAGGUGAUGCUGGAGACUUGGACGCUGCUGACAUCUCUGGAUCUGAUCUGCCGACUGGAACAUGGGCAGGAGCUGUGGACAACAGAGACGGGCCUUGCUGAAAGCACCUGUGCAGGUGACAAAACACAACCCAAGACCCGACAGUCUGCUUGUCAGCUGGCAAUGGCUGAGGGAGCCACACUCCAGGAACGACUGGUUACAGGAGCCUCAAAGAUCUCCAGUUUAGUUCAAACCAAGAGACAGAAAGCACCACUGGAAAAGCAAGAAAGGCACCUGCGGGCACGGGUGACAAGGGUAAUGCUCCCGAAGAAGACCCACUCAGGAGAUGCUCACCUUGAGCAGGGCUUGGAAACACCAGCUGAAGAUACUUUGAUGCAAACAGAGAAGAGCCCCUACCAAUGCCAGCAAUGUGGACGAGCCUUCAACAGAAACAGUCUCCUUAUUAAACAUCAGCAAAUUCACACUGGAGUGAAGCCCCACGAGUGCAAUGAGUGUGGGAAAGCCUUUCGUGAGCGAGCGGACUUGGUUCGACACCUAAUGAUCCACACGGGGGAGAAGCCAUACAAGUGUAUCGAGUGUGGGAAAGCCUUCAAUCGCAGCUCCUACCUCACCCAGCACCAGCGAAUUCACACUGGGGAGAAGCCCCACGUGUGCAGUGAGUGUGGGAAAUGCUUCACCCAGCACUCCAACCUUAUCAAGCAUCACAGGAUCCACACUGGAGAAAAACGUUUUUUGUGCAAAGCAUGUGGCAAAGCCUUUUGUGACAGCUCUUCUUUAUAUCGACACAAAAGGAUUCACGCUGACAAGAAGCCAUACGAGUGCAGUGAAUGUGGGAAGGUCUUUGCCCAACUCUGUGCUUUCGUGGGCCAUCAAAGGACCCACAGUGGAGAAACACCCUUUGAGUGCAAAGAAUGUAAGAAAACCUUUUGCUUCAAGUUUUCCUUAACGCAACACAUGCAGAGCCACACUGGAGAGAAGCCCUUUAUAUGCAGUGAAUGUGGGAAGGCCUUUAGCCUCAGGGUCAGACUGAGUCAGCAUCAAAAGAUCCACACUGGGGAGAAACCCUACCAAUGCCACGAAUGUGGGAAGGCCUUUAGUUUCAGCUCGAAACUCAGUCGGCAUCGAAAGAUCCACCUUGGCGAGAAAGUCUUUGUUUGUAAGAAAUGUGGAAAGGCCUUUGAGCAGAGGGCUUACCUUAAUCGGCAUCAGGUAACGCAUCGUAAGGAUAGACCUUUUGAAUGUAACCAUUGUGGGAAAUCGUAUGCCUCCGAAAGCCAUCUUGUUCAACACCUGAGAAUCCAUACUGAAAAGAAAUCCCAUUAA